GCAUCCUGCUACGAGAAAGCGCUCAAGGAAGAUCACGGGAUAGUAUUGGCACUGUAGCGCUUACCCUAUAACAAGGGGUAUAGUGCUGACCACGAAUCCACAAUGGUUUUCGAAUCUCUUGUCAGUGAUCUCCUAAACAGGUUUAUCGGAGACUAUGUGGAAAACCUCGACAAGUCCCAGCUGAAGAUAGGCAUUUGGGGAGGCAAUGUUGUUCUGGAAAACCUGAAAGUUAAAGAAAACGCUUUGAGUGAGCUAGAUGUUCCGUUUAAAGUGAAAGCCGGGCAGAUUGGGAAACUGACCUUGAAGAUCCCUUGGAAAAACUUGUACAAUGAUGCUGUAGUCGCAACGUUAGAUGGUCUGUAUCUGCUUGUGGUUCCUGGAGCAACGGAGUCUCAGUUCUAUUCAGAAAGUCCCUACAAUGCAAUAAAGUAUGAUGCAGCGAAGGAGGAGCGUUACCAGCAGGAGGCCAAGCAAAAGGAGCUGCAGCGUAUUGAGGAGGCGUUGCAGAUGGCCGCGCGAAGAGACUCUCAGACGGGAGAGCUGGUGUUUAAUCUGGAGAGUGUUGUGUACAAGGACCCGCCACGCGGAAUUAAGAGUAAAAAACACAAAAAAGGCUUUAAGAGUUUGAAGUCUUUAAAACGUCAUGAAAACAAACAAGAAAAGCCCCAGCAAGAAGAGAAGAAGGACACAUUUGCUGAGAAGUUGGCCACGCAAGUCAUCAAAAACCUGCAAGUCAAGGUUACCAGCAUCCAUCUCAGAUAUGAGGAUGAUAUAUCUGACCCCCAGCGACCUCUGUCCAUGGGAGUGACCCUGGCCGAGCUGAGUCUGCAGACAACAGAUGAGAACUGGAAGACGUGUAUAUUGAAUGAGGCCGCCAAAAUCAUCUACAAGCUGGGCCGUCUAGAAUGUUUGUGUGCCUACUGGAACGUCAACAGUCCAAUCUUCUACAGAGGAUCCUGGCAGGAGAUAGUGGAAAAAUUGAAGGCCGACAUCAGUACUAAGGACCAAGAGAUGAAAGACUACCAAUAUAUUUUUAAACCCAUCUUUGCUUCAGCUAAAAUGGUCAUCAACCCCAAUGCUGAGAUUGAGCUGAAGACCCCAAAAGCCAAGUUGUAUUUGGAGGUUCAGAAUAUAGCAAUAGAGAUGACCAAACCACAGUACCUUACAAUGGUAGACCUGUUGGAGUCUAUAGACUGCAUGGUGAAGAAUGGACCAUACAGGAAGUACAGACCUGACGUCCCCAUACACACCAAUGCCAAACAAUGGUGGAGGUACUGUUUGAACAGUGUCCUGGAGGUCCAUAUCAGGCGCUUCAACCGCAUGUGGUCCUGGGCCAACAUCAGGAAGCACCGGCAAACACUGAAAGCCUACAAAGCGUCCUACAAGGCGAAGCUGCUGACGCCGCCGGGCAAGCUGAGAGACGACCAGGAGAAGCAGAUUCAGGACCUGGAGAAGAGCCUGGACGUGUUCAACAUCACCUUAGCCCGGCAGCAAGCACAGAUGGAGGUGAUCCGGUCGGGCCAGAAAGUGGUGGCUAAGAAGGCCGCCGUGGCGCCCAAGCAGGGUGGAGGGUUCUUCAGCAGCUUCUUUGGGAAGAAGGAGGCAAAGAAAAAAGAGCAGGAGCAGGACACCAUAGAAGAAGACCGUACAGCCAUUGAAGAUUUGAUGUCGGCUGAAGAGAAGGCUAAACUCUACACUGCCAUUGGAUACAGUGGUAGCUCUCACAACCUGGCUUUACCCAAACAGUAUGUAGCAGUGAUUGUGACCUUCAAGCUGUUUCGUACAUCCAUCACCGUGAGAGAGGAACCCAACAUUCCAGAGAUCCUCAAGAUCCAGAUGAUUGACCUCAGCACCACUGUCUCCCAGAGACCCGGGGCCCAGGCCAUCAAAGUGGAGGCGGCGCUGGAGCACUGGUACGUGACGGGUCUGCAGCAGCAGGGGGCCAUCCCGUCCCUCAUAGCCUCUGUAGGCGACUCCACCUCCUCCCUGCUGUCCAUCCGCUUUGAGCUCAACCCAGAGGACAGCACGGCUGACCAGCUGCUGAGGGUGCACUCCCAGCCCGUUGAGAUAGUCUACGACGCGUUGACAGUGAACUGCAUGGCCGAGUUCUUCAAGACCGAGAAGGGAGUGGAUCUGGAGGUGCUGACCUCGGCUACUCUUUCCAAACUGGAGGAGAUCAAGCAGAAAACUGCCACUGGUCUGUCACACAUCAUAGAGACCCGUAAGAUACUGGACCUGAGGAUCGAUUUAAAGCCUUCAUACCUGCUGCUGCCGAAAUCUGGCUUCUUCAGCGCUAACUCUGACCUGAUGAUCAUCGACUUCGGUAGUUUACAGCUGGUGAGUGUGGACCAGGGCUCCAGCCAGCCACUGUCACCCAGCUUCAGUUCUCUGGAGGAGAUCAUGGACCGGGCCUACGAGAGAUAUUCCCUGGAGCUACGCAGUGUGCAGAUUCUGUACAGCAAGUCAGGUGAGGCAUGGAAGGCAGCUCGUCAACAUGGCUCCUCUAUCCAGCACAUCCUUCAGCCGAUGGACUUCAACCUCCAGCUGGCCAAAUGUAUGGUGGAGAAGGAUGCCAGAAUGGCCAGGUUCAAAGUGUCUGGCGAGCUUCCUCUGCUCCAUGUGAAGAUCUCCGACCAGAAGAUCCAGGGAGUGUGGGACCUGGUCAACAGCAUCCCCCUCCCCCAGAGCAGUUCAACCCCGUCCACCCCCACGGAGAAGGGGCUGUCUUUGACCAAGGCCCGACCAAAUGUCCUGGGUUUGAAACCUCAAGUGCUGCUGGAAGCAUUAGAGACCGACUCCGAUGAUGAUCAGUUUUAUAUGUCAUUAGACGAGGAACACAAGCCCGCGACUGCAGAGGAGCUGACAGAUGUCCAGUUCAAGUUUGAAGUUAAAUCGGUUCUGUUGGAGUUGACCCGUCAGGCUGACCAGGAAAACACUGUGCUAGCACUCAGCGUGUCUCAGCUGGGGGCAGAGGGCAAGAUGAGAACCUUUGACCUCACCAUAACCUCCUACCUUCGCAGGGUUGGCCUGGACUAUUAUGAGAUACGAGACACCAAUAAUCAACCUCUGCACCUGAUCAGCUCGUCGGACAAGCAGGGUUCAGACCUGCUGAAGGUGGAGUACACCAAAGCUGAUAUCAAUGGGCCGAAUUUCAAAACCAUGUUUGACAACACUGAACAAACACUGAAGGUGGAAUUCUCCUCCCUGGACCUCCUCCUCCACACCAAGGCUCUCCUCUCCACCAUCAAUUAUUUGAAUACAGCCCUUCCUCAGGAGCUGUCAGCCUCCAAGGACAGGGAGACCAGGAAACAGGUGGAGAAGGCUGGACAGGGAAGGACAAUGUCAAAAGGAGCAAAGGACACCAACGUGUUCAACUUCAAGCUGUUUGCUAUGCUAGGUUCAUUCCGAGUGGAGGUCUGUGACGACCGAAGGAACAUUGCUGAUAUCAGAAUACAGGGCAUUGAUGCAUCAGUUAUGGUCCAGGCCAAGGAGACAGCCGUGUUCACCAGGCUCAGGGACAUUGUCGUGAUGGACGUCGAUCCGAAAACCAUCCACAAAAAGGCUGUGUCCAUCGUGGGGGAGGAGGUUUUCAGCUUCAUGUUGUCCCUGUACCCUGUCGCAACAGAGGGGGAGGGCUACUCUGACACCACCAAGGUGGAUGGGAAGGUUACCAUGAGGCUGGGCUGCAUCCAGGUCAUCUACCUGCACAAGUUCCUCAUGUCCCUGCUGGCCUCUUAUAGCUAUCAGUAUCCCUCUUCUGAUGAGACGUUCGUGGACAACUUCCAGACGGCCAAAGAGGCGGUGAGCGCGGCCACGGCCCAGGCGGCAGAGAGGGCAGCCUCCAGCGUCAGGGACUUUGCCCAGAAGAGCUUCCGUCUCUCCAUGGACAUCAGGCUGAAGGCCCCCCUCAUCAUCAUCCCCCAGUCCUCCACCUCCCACAAUGCACUUGUCGUGGACCUGGGGCUCAUCACGGUUGGUAACAGUUUCAGUCUGGUGACUGCCCCAGGGUUCCCGCUUCCAGCUGUGUUAGAGGAGAUGCAUGUCAACCUGACACAGCUUAAACUGUCCAGGACCACGCUGAAGCAAGGCUCCCCACUGACAGACAUUGAGAUCCUCCAGCCAAUCAAUUUAGAGCUGUGUGUUGAACGGAACCUGGCCUUUUCCUGGUACAACCAGAUCCCUGGAGUGAAGGUCCAAGGAGUUCUCAAGUCCAUGAAUAUGUCUCUAGGUCAAGGGGACUUUGGUGUUCUGAUGAAGAUACUAGUGGAGAACAUAGGAGAGGGAAGCAAAGAGCACAGCAGAGAUGUCAGCAGACAGGUGGCCAGAGACAAAGCAGAGCUGGCUGAGCAGAAGCAGCAGCUAGAGACGGUGGAGUUGGUGUCUGCUCCUCUGGAGGCUGUUCCGGGACAGUGUGCUGCCGUCACCAACGGAGGAGACCUGGAGGACACCACCGUCAACAUGCUGCUUAACCUGGAGAUCAUGGAGGUGGUUCUGACGCUGAAAAAGUCCAUGUCCGAUCAGAAGGAGAGUCCAUUUCUGGUCCUCCAUGUUGCCCAGCUGGGUAUCGACACCAAGGUCAGGAAGUAUGACAUGGUGACCACCACAUAUAUCAACAAGAUCUCCAUGAAGUGCCUGGAAUUCAACGAUUCCAAUGGUGAAGCCCUGUGUCUUAUCAACUCCUCUGUGGAAUAUGGGGCUGAUCUUCUCAAAGUCCAAUACUUCAAGGCUGACAGAAAUGGGCCAAAGUUUUCCUCUGUUUACCAGAACACUGAGCAGAUGAUCAAUGUAACUUUCACCUCCCUGGAUCUCCUGCUCCACACAGAGGCUCUCCUCUCCACCAUGGACUUCCUGACUUCAGCCCUCUCCUCAGGGAGCCCCCCCCCCUCCCCGGAGGAGCCCAGACACAAGUCAGAGGAGAGCAGCAGAGCCGUCUCCACCAAGUCAACGGCGCUGGGUUCUCCGUCAGACAGCGACGUCAUCGACCUGAAGGUGACCAUGCAGCUGGGAGCGUUCAGUGUCUUGGUCUGUGACCAGAGCUGUAACAUGGCUGAUAUCAAGAUACAAGGACUCAAUGGGUCCCUUCUCAUGCAAGGGCCCCAAACCCACUUUGCUGCCAGCCUUCGGGAUUUCAUCAUAACCAACGUUGAUCCAAAAAGUAUCCACAAAAAGGCCAUCUCGAUCGUAGGAGACGAGGUGUUCAGUUUCAGUAUGAGUCUGACCCCCAAGGCCACAGAGGGAGCCGGCUAUGCAGACACCGCGAAGACCGACGGAAAGGUCCGGCUCAGUGUGGGCUGCAUCCAGGUCGUCUACCUCCACAAGUUCCUCAUGUCCCUGCUGAAUUUCAGCAACAACUUCCAGACGGCCAAAGAGGCGGUGAGCGCGGCCACAGUCCAGGCGGCAGAGAGGGCAGCCUCCAGCGUCAGGGACUUUGCCCAGAAGAGCUUCCGUGUCUCCAUGGACAUCAGGCUGAAGGCCCCCCUCAUCAUCAUCCCCCAGUCCUCCACCUCCCACAAUGCACUGGAAGUGGACCUGGGGCUCAUCACCGUGGGCAACAGCUUUUCUCUGCUUCCUGUGGAUGGUUGUCCACUUCCUGCUGUCAUUGAUCACAUGGACGUGCAGCUCACCCAGCUCAAGCUCUCCAGGCUCUACAUGGAUCCGAAUUCAUCUCAGCCCAGAGCCGAGCUGCUGAAGCCAGUCAAUCUGGUUCUGAUGGUGAAGAGGAACCUGGCUGCUGCAUGGUACCAGAAAAUGGCUGCCAUAGAGAUAGACGGAGACCUCAAACCCAUGAAGGUCGCCCUGAGUCAGGAUGACUUGACGGUGCUGUUGAGGAUCCUGACGGAGAACAUUGGCGAAGCCAGCAGCCUGCUGCCAGACAAAAACACCAGCUCUGACACAGCAGCCCUGAGGCAGGGCGCUACAGUGACACUCAAAACAGACUACCUGAAAGAUGGCACUGGGAAGGUGGCUGAGAUUCCAGGUGAAAAUCUGUAUGAGGAGCCUUUGGAAACCAUGAAGUUCAACUUCAACAUUGAGUCCCUGGGGUUGGUGCUGUACAGCAAUGACCCUGAGCAGAUGCCAGCACCAGUUUCUCAGCACCAGGAGAGGCUGUGUCUGGGGGAGUUUACCCUGCACCAGAUGAAGGCUUCAGGGAAGAUGUUCAACAGUGGGGCGAUGGAGGUCACCACCAUCCUGACGACUUGCACCCUGGACGACAUGAGGACCGGCACACCUAGAGUCACGUCGCGGAUGGUUGGAAAGCGUGACGAGGAGAGCAAGGAGGCCAUGAUCGACGUGUCAUUCAAGCAGAGUGCCAGCGAGCGCCAGGUGGUGGCGGUGCUACAGAAGCUUUAUCUCUGUGCCAGUGUGGAGUUCCUCGAGGCCGUGGCGGACUUCUUCAUCCAGGCGCUGCCACAGAGCCCUGGCCAGGCCGUGCCCACUAACACCAUGCCAGACCUGGCGAAGACCAGCCAGCUGCCCCUGAAGCAGCUGGCAGAGCCCAGGGAUAGAGCAAACCCUAACCUCGUGACAGCCUCCGGCCCCAGAACCAAGCUGCGUGCGGUGAUCGUGGACCCAGAGGUGGUGUUCGUGGCCAGUCUGAUGAAGGCGGACGCCCCUGCCCUGGUGGCCUCCUUCCAGUGUGACUUCAGUCUGACCCUGGAUCCAGAGGUCGGCCCGGGGGCCCCUGGGGGCCAGAGCAUGAGGGCCAACCUCAGAGAGCUCAAAGUUCUGGCCUGUCCCUUCAUCAGGACCAAGGGGAGCCAGGCAGUCACCACGGUACUACGGCCAUGCUCUGUUGUCCUGGAAACCAAAACUCAGUCCAACCAACCGAUGAGCGGCUCUGUGACUGUAGAGGAAGUCAUUAUCAAAAUCUCCCCGGUUAUCCUGAACACCGUCAUGACCAUAACAGCCGCCAUGACGGCUAAAUCCAAAGACAGUGGCGGGGAGAAGGAGGGGACAGACAUCAGUCGUCUGUGGUCCGUCCUGAACAUCUACACCUGUAAUUACUGGUUCCUGGGCGUGGAUUCCGCUAGCGAGGUGACGGAGAGUUUCACUGACCAGGACGGACGCAAUGUUGGGGAGAGUUUCAACGUGGACGUGAAGGUGGUUCAGCUCACCCUGGAGUCCGGUCUGGGUCACAGGACGGUCCCUCUGCUCCUGGCGGAGAGCUCCCUCUCCGGGACGGCCAAGAACUGGUCCUCCCUUCUGUGCCUGUCCGCUGACAUGACCCUGGAGGUGAACUACUUCAACGAGACACAUGCGGUCUGGGAGCCGCUGGUGGAGAGGGUGGAGGACGGCACGCGCAGAUGGAACCUCAAACUACAGAUGAAGACCCACCCUGUGCAGGAUAAAAGCCCGGUACCUGGCGACGACUUCACAGUGGUCCCCGAGGCACGCACCGCCAUCAACAUCUGCUCCAAAGACACUAUGAAUAUUACCAUCUCCAAGUGCUGUCUCAAUGUAUUCAACAACCUAGCCAAGGCAUUCUCAGAGGGCACCGCCUCGACCUUUGACCAUAGUCUGAAGGAGAAGGCCCCGUUCACCGUCCGGAACGCGCUGGGAAUCCCCCUGGUUGUGCAGCACAGUGCCAACCUGCGUGUCAUGGCGUCCCCUGGUCCGGGCAAGACCCAUGAGGUGGCCGCCGGGCAAAGUGUGGACAUGUUCGAAGGCGCGUUCGACCGCCCGGCACGGGGGAAACUGUCCGCCCUGCAGCGCCAGGAGAGCUGCUUCUUCAACCUCAGCAUCGCUCCUGAGGGUUUCCGUGAGAUCUCCAACAUUGCGGUGGACAAACCUGGCCGACGCUUGUAUAACAUGAGGAGCCCAAGUUUACCGGAGAUUGUGUCUGUGCUCCUGCAGAUCGAUGCCUCAGAGGGAAACAAAGUCAUCACAGUGCGCUCUCCGUUACAGAUCCAAAACCAUUUCUCUCUGCCAUUUGCCAUCCUGAAGUACUGCCCUACCUCCAAAGGUUUGGUGAAUGUAGGAAUAGCAGAGCCUGAGAAGGAGUUUCACGUACCCCUGGACUCAUACAGAUGUCAGCUGUUCCUCCAGCCAGUGGGUCGUCUAGACGGCCAGUACGGUCCCUCGUCCACCUGUGUUGCCUGGAAGGAGCAGGUCCACGUCAGCUCUGAGGUGAGGUCCCUCCUCCAGUGUCCGUCAGCCGACAGUAGCUUCCUGCCUCUUCAGGUGGCUACUCUAGCCACUCCCGACCAGCUGGCGUUUAUCUCCAGCCAGGGAGAAGAAGACUGGGACCCGGCUUACGUCAUCCACCUUCACCCCACCGCAACACUGAGGAACCUCCUGCCUUACACCAUCAGAUAUCUACUGGAGGGUUCUGCCGAGUUCCACGAACUGCAGGAAGGCAACACGUCGGACAUACUCAACGCUCGUAUCAGAGGUGAGGUCAUGGAGUUGGCCCUGGUCAAGUACCAGGGCCGUAACUGGUGCGGACGAAUCCUCAUAUCCCAGGACAUGGCCGAGUUCUUCCCUGUCAACUUCACGUGCGACACGGACGAAUCGCUUACCGUGGAUGUGAGCGUGCACGUAGAACGGCCACCUGGCCGCCUGACGCUGUCCGUGUUCAGCCCCUACUGGAUCAUCAACAAGACGUCCAGGGUCCUGCAGUACCGAGCGGAAGAAGUGUUGGUGAAACACGCCUCGGACUUCAGGGACGUCGUCCUCUUCUCCUUCAAGAAGAAGAACAUCUUCAGCAAGAACAAGCUGCAGCUCUGUGUAUCCACUAGUUCCUGGUCUGAUGGCUUCUCAUUGGACACCGUGGGAAGUUAUGGGUGUGUCAGGUGCCCUGGCAACAACAUGGACUUCUUGGUGGGAGUGAGUAUUCAGAUGAGCAGUUUCAACCUGACGAGGGUUGUGACCAUGAGUCCAUUCUUCACGCUGGUCAACAAGUCCCAGUACGAGCUGGAGGUGGGCGAGGCCCAGGAUGAGGGCAGCGCCAACGGGAAAUGGCACUACAUCUCCUCCACAGAGUGUCUCCCCCUCUGGCCGGAGCAGACCACGGGGAAGCUGUGUGUCCGGGUUGUCGGAUCUGAAUCCAGCUCCAAGUCCUUCUUCUUCAACAAACAGGACAAUGGCACUCUGCUCUGUAUGGACAAGUAUGGCGGUGUGAUCGUGGACGUGAAUAUCUCGGACCACUCAACUGUGAUCAGCUUCACUGACUACUACGAGGGAGCGGCCCCUGCCCUCAUAGUCAACCACACCCCCUGGCUGACUGUCACCUUCAGGCAGAGUGGAUGUACGGAGUCCAGAGAGCUGAAGCCAGGAGAGGCUCAGAGGUUUGCCUGGGACAAUCCCGCAGGUGUCCGCAGACUCAGCUGGAACUGUCAGGAGCACAGCAGUGGGGAGCUGGACCUGGUCAAGGAUGAGUGUGGUCAGUUUGCAUAUGAUGGACUGUCUGAAGUCCACUGGGUGUCCUUCCUGGAUGGACGACAGCGGGUGCUGCUUUUCACCGAGGAUGUUGCCGUGGUUACCAAGGCACGGCAGGCGGAAGAGCUCGAGCAGUUCCAACAGGAAGUGAAUGUGUCCCUCCAGAACCUGGGCUUGUCACUUAUCAACAACGACAACCGCCAAGAGAUCGCCUACGUUGGCAUCACCAGUUCCGGCGUGGUUUGGGAGAUGAGGCCUAAGAACCGCUGGAAGUCCUUUAAGCAGAGGAACAUCAGGCUGUUGGAGAAGGCCUACCAGAAACACCUGACUGGAGGAACUCCGGAGCCUGGCUGGGUCAGACUAGAGAACAACAUAGAGGUGAACUUUGGAAAGGUUCCCAUGGUUAUGCGUCAGCCUUUUUCAUGUCAUAUCAGAAGGAACUUCCUGUCUGGUAUUCAGGUGGAGUUCAAACAGUCACCUCACCAGAGGAGUCUUCGGGCCCAGCUGCACUGGCUACAGGUGGACAACCAGCUCCCGGGGGCCAUAUUUCCUAUUGUCUUUCACCCUGUCCCUCCUCCCAAAUCCAUUGCCUUGGACUCUGAACCAAAGCCUUUCAUAGAUGUCAGCAUCAUCACCAGGUUUAAUGAGCACAGUCAAGUGAUGCAGUUCAAAUACUUCAUGGCUCUGGUGCAGGAGAUGGCUGUGAAGAUCGACCAGGGUUUCUUAGGAGCCAUCUUGGCCAUGUUCACGCCCACCGCUGAGACGCACGUUGACAAACAGAAGACGAAGCUGAUCCAGAAGGACUUGGAGAUGUUGCAAGCUGAACUCAUGGAGGCGUCCAUGACAGACAACUCAGGGUUAAGCUUCUUUGAACACUUCCACAUCUCACCCAUCAAAUUACACCUGAGUCUGUCUCUGGGCUCCAGUGGGGAUGAGUCUGGACAGGAGGAGAUGGUCGCCAUCCAGUCAGUCAACCUGCUGCUGAAAAGCAUCGGAGCUACUCUCACAGACGUGGACGACCUCAUCUUCAAACUUGCCUUCUUCGAGGUACGGUAUCAGUUCUACAGGAGAGAAAAGCUGAUGUGGGCUGUGAUUCGACAUUACAGCGAGCAGUUCCUGAAGCAGAUGUAUGUCCUGGUGCUGGGCCUGGAUGUUCUGGGAAAUCCAUUUGGGAUGAUCAGAGGCCUGUCGGAAGGAGUGGAGGCCUUUUUCUAUGAGCCCUUCCAGGGAGCGGUCCAGGGACCUGAGGAGUUUGCAGAGGGCUUUGUGAUCGGAGUACGCAGUCUACUGGGUCAUACUGUUGGUGGCGCUGCAGGCAUGGUGUCUCGUAUCACUGGCUCAGUGGGUAAAGGACUGGCUGCUAUCACAAUGGAUAAAGAGUACCAGCAGAAGCGAAGAGAGGAGAUGAACCGACCGCCCAGAGAUUUUGGGGAGAGUCUGGCCAAGGGGGGCAAAGGCUUCCUAAAGGGGAUGGUUAGUGGGGUAACGGGCAUCGUCACGAAACCUGUCGAAGGGGCCAAGAAGGAGGGAGCGGCGGGGUUCUUCAAGGGCAUCGGCAAAGGUCUGGUGGGAGUGGUGGCCAGACCUACAGGGGGCAUUGUAGACAUGGCAUCCAGCACCUUCCAGGGAAUCCAGAGGGUGGCAGAGUCAACAGAGGAAGUGACCAAGCUGAGGCCAGUCAGACUGAUCCAAGAGGAUGGAAUCAUCAGACCUUACGACCAGGAGGAGGCCAAGGGUUACGACUUAUUCCAGAGGUCUGAGAUAAAACCACUGGAAGGGGAGGUCUUCAGGGAACACUGUCUGUACCCUGGACACAAGAAGACCAACAUCAUAGUGACCAACAGGAGAGUGAUGUGUGUGAAGGAGAUCGAGUGUGUGGGGCACUUCAACAAAGAGUGGGAGUGCUUGUUUGAGCAUUUCUCCAGGCCCCCGUACGUGGAGGGAGCGGACCUGAAACUCUACUGCAAGGAGCCGAACAAAUUAUUCCAACGUAGAGAUGGACCGGAGCCCAUGAGAGUCCUGCAACUCAAGAACUCUGUCACUGCCCAGAGACUGUGUCAGGCCAUAGACCAAGCUCAGCUCGCCCGCCGGCAGCGCAGGAUGGUGAAGCAAAAAUCCCAGCGCUUUCUCAACGAAUAGUGUUGAUAUCACCACCAGCGUGGAUGAUGACGGCUGGUCAGCACCGACACACGGCAAGACGCAGCAGCUGCCGGGAAUGACGUUGUCGCUGCCUCAUCAGUUUCCCAACACACAUCUGGGCUACAGAUGAGCUUCACAGGUUCUGUUUGCGGUCCUGUUAACUAAUGAAACAUAGUAACUGCUGCCUGCCGUGUGUGUGUGUGUGUGUGUGUGUGUGUGUGUGUGUGUGGUUCUAAGUUUUCCCAACUUAGAACCAGUGAUUGUAAGUUGGGAAAACGGUACAGUAGAAGAGACAAUUGAUAUAAGAUGAGGUAGAAUGUGUUUUUGUUGUUUGUCCUGCACUUCCUUUUUCAUGUUUAUAACCAUCUUUUGGAAUUAUGUGUGUAUAUGAUUAUGUAAUCUGAAUGCUGUAAAAAGACAGAUGUGAAGGCGCAAAGGAUUAUGGAAACGUUUUCAUUGCUUUGUUAUGGUUUCUCAUUUGUAGGAAAUAUGCACUUAAGUUUCAUGAAUGGUCAUUUCAGUGAAAAAUGCUUUGUCUUGGUGGGGGAUGAUUCUUGAAGUCCAAGGGAGCAUUAGGCUUCAUCAUGCCUGGUUUCUACCGAGGUCUGCACUUAAAACUAUCAAAGAUAAUUUAACAAGUGUGUUGUUUGUCUGUAAAUUUGUUUAGUGCUCCUUGACUGUAUCUUUUGUUUCAGUGACAGAGAGUCUACCGAUAUAAAUGUAGGUCUGUUAUAAUUCAGAUACAUUUGAUUUCAGUCACUAUAAUGUCAGUGUUGAUCUUUUUUUUUAUUCCCGAAAGAAAAAACAAAAUAGUUGUAGUCCAGUCAUGCCACUUGUGGCCCAGGGACCUAAGUGGCAUAGCUGGUGAAGACACUUCCUGUCUGUCCAGCCUUUCAUAUCCUAAUCAAUAUAGACCAAGCCAGUGGUCUUUCAAGGGUGGAGCGAACUACCACUGUCCAGGAUGGCUGUCAGACAGGAUUGCCUUGUCUUGCGGCUCUCCAGCCACUUCAUGUGGUAAGCUUGCUAGCUUAAUUGUGAUGAUUGGCCAAAGCCAGCACUAUCCUCCAAGCGUGUAGGUUAUGGAAAACGCCCUGGUUGAAUGAUUCGUCUAAUAAAUGUAGACGAACCUGGUGGGAUGUACCCCAGAGAAUACAUCCGGUUCUUUGACUCUCCCGGAGCACGCUGGGUAGUUGCUGCGAUUAAGCAAAGCCGUGAACAUGAACUGGACAUGGCUAAAUUUGGCAGGGGGGAAAGGAGGGCAAAGUUGAGAGAAAAUAUGGGCUACUUUUGAAUGGGUGCCUUGACCUUUUGCCCAAUCACAAAUGGCCCUACUGUUAGUCCUUCUCCAUGCAGUUUCAUAGACCAGACGUAGAGUACCAGAUGGAUGUCUGGAGUGGUGGUUUGCUAGGGUGAUGGAGAUUAAUGUUUCAGCUGAUCACUGCCUUGGAAAGUUAUGAGUUCAAAUCAAUGCUGAGACAAUAUAUUUUGGGCUCUUAAGGAUUUCCAAAAUGUGUACCCCUUUAUUCAGCUGUUAAAAAAUGAACUCCUAACCAUAACACACAAUUUUUCACCAAUAUCACUAACGUUGUAAUUUUUAACAUACUAGUGCACCUUUUUCUUUCCUUUCCAAAAAAGUUGAAACGGAAAGUUUUGAGAAAGGGACAGAAGCGUUCGAUUUGCAGUGGUCUCUUUAUUCUAACCCUUCUGUUCCUCUCAAAACCUUCCUUUUAAACUUUUUUGGGAAGGAAAGAAAAAGGUGCAGUGGUCUCUUAAUUUUUUCCGGAGCUGAAUACGUUUAGCAAGUUUGUAACAUUCUUUUAGCAAUUGCUAUGACCAAAGAUAUGGAUUGCAAUAGAAAUGAAUACAUGAAAUACAAAUCAUACGUUACUGAUGUCAGAGUCCCAGACAUUUGUAUGCUAUGCUACGCUGCUUCCUCUGUAUCAUGUCACAAUGCUCUAAUUCCUUCCUUCCACAACUGAUUAUUUUUCAACCCAAUGAAGCCAGUCUAUUAAACUGAUAUACAAUGAA